CGCUGCAAACUCGCCGUAUGCGUGGCGCGCCUGGCAAAUGUGGACCAACGAUUUUCAUGCCGUGGAGUGUGUUCCCUUUGUCUUGGGUGGUCGUGAAAAGUUUUGUGGACGUCGCGAUGAAAUAAUGCGUAUUAUUAGCGUGCCUCAGCUCGUCCAUUACGCAACGGCAUGUAUGCUGGAUCAACAUCGUCGACGCAGCACUGGCAACUCGGCGAGCUCUUUUCGAUCUCAUCGUACUGUUCAAAAGUGGCGAGGCCUUGGCCCGCAACAGUGUCCACUAAAAGGAGGAGCCCCCAGAAAUGCAGACCCCAUACGAGUGCCUGCAGCAGCAUGGCUGGAUGCUCAUGUCAGGCUUCACCGUGGCAGAGUACCAGGCGGAACCAACGAGGUUAAAAGCUAGCCUUUCCUCGCUGCUUUCCAGGAAGUGAAGUAGUGGGCGAUCAUGUAAGAAUGAACUUGCAACAUGUGAGCAGUAGCCA